GGCCUUGAGAUGGCUGAGCCCCACAGAAUCCACCCGGCUGCGGUGGACGUCGAAUCUCCACUUCCGUCGCCGUCGCAAGCCGCAAAGAGCGGUGAGAACGACCAACAGCAGCCAAAGAGUUCGAGGAGCCGAUGCUGCAGGUGCCUGUGCUGCACGGUCCUCACCCUUGUCGUCCUCAUCAUAGCCAUUGGCGCCACUGUCGGCAUCCUGUACCUCGUCUUCCGCCCCAAGAUCCCCAAGUACUCCGUCGACCGUCUCACCCUCUCCAACUUCACCGUCGACGACGACACGACCAUCAGCGCCACCUUCAACUUGACGGUCACCGCGAGGAACCCCAACAGGCGGAUCGGCAUCUACUACGGGCACGGCAGCCACCUGAGUGCGUGGUACAACGGCACCAGGCUGUGUACCGGAGCCUUCCCCGUGUUCUACCAGGGCCACCGGAACACGACGGUGGUGAGCCUGUUGCUCGCGGGGGAGACGCAGCUGGGCAGCGGGCUGCUGCAGGAGCUGCAGCAGCAGCAGCAGCAAACGGGGACGGUACUGCUGGACUUCAGGGGAAGUGUGCCGGUGAGGGUGAAGCUAGGGAGGCUGAAGCUUCCGAAGGUGAGAUUCAAGGUGAGGUGCAACAUCGUGGUGAACAGCUUGAGUAGCAGCAACAGCAUCAGCCUCAGAUCAAGCCACUGCAAGUUCAAGUUGAAGCUCUGAUUCCUUUCCUUCUCACAUCUCGACUUCUCUCUUUGUAUCAUCUACCAAUUUAUGUCAUUUGUAUCAGAAGAUGUUGCAUGCAGACAUGUUAAAGCAUAUGCAUGCACGGUCUGAACAUGCCUAGCCAUUAGCUCAGUUUAUUUGCAUUUGAUCAUUGAUAGUAUAUUCUAAUGUAUCUUAAAAUUAUCAUUGAAGUUGAUGAGAAUUUUAAGAUUAUAAAAGAGAGAAGGAAAGAAGAUU